AUGUCCAUCCCGCCCCCACGUCGGGCACAGACCUAUGACGCCUACACCGCGGAUGGCACAGAGUACGCCGAUGGGGCAGGGACAUCACAGGUGAACGCUGCACGGAGCAGAAGCAUGCGCGACUUUGCCCAACCGCUGGCUCUUCCAGAGCUCGACAUGGUCGACCCACCCCCCGCACCGCCGUCGUAUGACAUGGCAAUUGGCUCCUUGUCACUUGACUCUCCCGCGGCCCCCGCAAGGUCUGAGCAGCUGCCCUACGCGCCAGUCGACUACGCGUCGCAGCUGUACGCAGACUAUCUCGCCGAGGAGGAUGAACAGCCGGGACCGCUGCCUGGUAGCAGCGCCGCUGCGGCUCCCAGUGCAGCAGCGAUCCGUCGCCCUCGCUCCGACCCCGCAGACAUGGAGCACGACUUUGGCAACCUUCGCCUGACGUCGGCGAGCCCGCCGCCGGGGUCGCAACCGCAUCAGGCUCAGCGCCAAAACACGUUGUCGGGUCGAGGGCAGUCCGGGCAGUAUCCAUCGCCUUACGGCGGAGGUGCUCCCCCACUGCGUCAAAGGUCGGUCACCGACGGCUACACGUCAAAUCGCACCGGCGACCCUGCUGCAAGUGUCUACUCUUUGGACUCUGGGAUGGGCGCAUAUGCUCCUCCACCCUCAGGGCAAGGCCGAGGGUAUCCCGUGGCGCCCAACGCCGGUGGUCAACCAGCAGGCGGGCCGGGAUGGGGAGCAGCCAACCAACAGCAGUACCCUCCGUCUGCAGAGUACCAGAACCCAUACUACUCGGCGGCCAACGACUUUUUGGGCAUGCCACAACCUCAACAGGCCCAACCAGGCUAUCCCCCCGGAGGUCCUCCACAAGGAGUUCAGCCUGCUGGUCCACCGGGUGCGCAGCAAGUGCCGUCACGCCAGGCGAGCAUGUCCAACCUCGCGCGGACCAACACUUCUAGAUCCACACUGUCCCUCUCGUCCAUCUCCUCGGUCCCGCCCCGCAUGCCCACCGAAUCUGUUGGCGCGAGUUCUACCCGUCGGCGCGGCGGAGCGGUUGCCAUUGACGUCAGCAAGCCUCCAUACACGCGCGAGUUUGUCGACGACUAUCGUAACCGCAUGAAGGUCGACCCGGACCCAGAGGCACAGUUUGCGUUUGCCAAGUACCUGAUUGAGGCCGCCAAGAAGAUCGGUGAGGAGUUGGCGGCCCACGACCCGCGUGCGGGUCGCAAGUACCGAGACUCACUUCUCGCGGAGAGCUUGCGAAACGUCAAAAAGCUCGCAGAGGGCAGCAAGGAGCCAUAUGCGGACGCCCAGUUCUUCCUUGCCAACUUGUACGGUACAGGUCAGCUGGGACUGCAGGUCGAUCACGAGAAAGCGUAUUACCUCUACCUCCUCGCGUCCAAGCUCAACCACCCAGCGGCCACGUACCGCGCCGCCGUCUGCUGCGAGUUGGGUGCAGGGACAAAGCGGGACCCGAACAGGUCCGUGCUGUUCUAUCGCAAGGCAGCGGCCUUGGGCGACACGGCGGCAAUGUACAAGCUGGCCCUCAUCCUGCUCAAUGGUAUCAUGGGCCACCCGCGGAACCCUCGUGAGGCGCUCGUGUGGCUCCGUCGCGCUGCAGCCCAGGCCGACGAGGACAACCCACACGCCCUGCAUGAGUUGGCGUUGCUCCACGAACGGCCCAAUAAUGGCACCAACGGUGUGAUCCCACACGACCCCCACCUCGCCCGCGAGUACCUCACCCAGGCAGCACAGCUGGGCUAUGCUCCCGCGCAGUUCAAGCUGGGCCAGUGCCACGAGUUUGGCACUCUGGGCUUUGUUAUUGAUCCCCGCCGCAGUAUUGCGUGGUACACUCGUGCCGCAGAGCGCGGCGAUGCCGAGGCCGAGCUCGCCCUUUCGGGCUGGUACCUCACAGGAUCAGAGGGCGUGCUCAAGCAAAGCGAUACCGAGGCCUACCUCUGGGGCCGCAAGGCGGCCAACAAGGGAUUGGCCAAGGCCGAGUAUGCUGUUGGAUACUAUACCGAGAUCGGUAUCGGUGUCAAACAGGAUAUCGAGCUUGCCAAGCGGUGGUACAUGCGUGCAGCGAGCCAGCAAAAUAAGCGCGCCAUGCAACGUCUUGCCGAGCUCAACAGUAAUCGCGGUGGCAAGGGCAAGGGUGCGCGACCCACGCGUAAGGACGCCGAGAACGAGUGCGUCGUUAUGUGA